AUGGUCCCUCCUCCUGCGAAACGGAGACGGAUGGCCGAUUUUGGUGCACCCAACGAGGAUGAUGCACCCUCACCUGCCAAUAAUCAGCCUAAUCCGGCUGCAUUGACCACUGGCACUCGAUCCUCACGCUCCACACACCUCCCACCGCUCAGUGCUUUAUGCUCGCAUAUUUUUGCUCGCCAUUUUAUUCGUUUACGAUCGAAUGAUGCGUUGUGGCAGAAGCUUUCGCCUCUGCUAGCCGUGCUACCGGACCCAUUGCUGCACCCUCUACUCGAAAACCUCACAAAGGAGUGUCCUACUUACCUGAAACAUGAAUUUCUUGUCUCGUACUUCUUCAAAGGUGCACGUUUGACCUUAUCUGAAGCGUUGCCUGGUGUGCAAACCCAGACUAUCCGAGCGAUUGAGCGGUUUCCGGAUUUAUCCGACCUCGAGCUAUCCGGAUUUGCCAAAAUUCCUGACAGUGCAUUCGCUGGCCCUCUGGGAAAGCUUCCUCAUCUGCGGAGACUAGUUUUAAGGUCGGUAGUCCUGUCUGGUAUCUUCUACACUCCAAUCCAGUCGACGCAGGGGAUGUUCACUUGUGGGGCAGAAGAGCCUGGCGGCCUUAUCAAAACAUUGCACAGACCUUCAGGAACUGAAUCUGAACUACACAUCGGCGCCAAAUUGGAAGUUCUGAAGGUUGCCGGGAUCUCAAGUUGGACGGACGGUACUUUCGCGAAAUUAAUGGUUGAAGAGCUCUCAUUGCCCACGCUUCGAACACUCAAACUGGCGCACCUGCAUAUAUCCGACAGUUCCAUACACGGACUCCUGAAACGGUGCCCUCGCAUUUCUCGACUCGACGUCUCUUUCACUUCAUCUCGCCAAUCGCUCGGUCAUAUUCAACUGCCGCCCCUGCAGAAACUCAUGCUCACAGCCACGAAGAUACCGCCGGCAUCUCUCCUCAGCUUCCUUCCUCAUCACUCCAGCCUGACUACGCUGUCACUCGGGGCCCUUGGAUCCUCCGGACCGGGCUCGGUUGCCAUUGAUUCUGGGCUUUCGUUGACGGAUUCUGUGCUGCGAAGUUUGAUUCCUGUACUACGAGAAUUAAGGAACCUGGAGAAUGUCAGCUUAGUCGGCAAUGUGAAACUGGGUGCUACCUCAGCGCAGCCGCUGGUCGAUUUCGUAGGACAGGUGGGCAGGCGCUGCAAGUGGCUGAAUCUCUCGGCCCUCUCUUCCUUACGCUCAUAUCAUCUCGCCAUGUUGGUUCCUGACGACGACGAGCCCCCUCCAACAAUCCAAACUCUCCUCCUCAAUAACACCGCGAUCGAUGACGAAGCUGCACCCUUCUUGGCAGCCUGUGUGUCCUUGCGCUGGCUGGAGGUGGCCGAGACAAAGAUCACGAAGGAGGGUCUGUUUACAGUGCUUGAUUCGUGCCCAGACCUGAACACUUUGGGACUGAAGAGUUGUCGCGGAGUGAAUGUGGCUGAUCGACGGCGCUUUUUCGAGGUAUGGGAGGAGGAACAUCUCAAUUGAGUGAUGGGGUAUCGAAAUAAACUAUGUAGUACAUGCACAAAUCGAAAUUAUGAGAAUAAACACCACAAGUUCUCAGCCCAGCGUGAGAUGACUCGAGAUGGAAAGUGAAGAUCUAUUGCCGACCUAGAGACACCCGAAGAGGAAGCCACGCGCGGCACUUUAUUCGGGGGCGAAGUGACCGCGCAGUCCUCGAGAUCGUUUCUUUUUCGCUUCCUUGGCAGAGACGCAGGAGGACAUAUCGUCUCGGACGACGGAACGCAAGUUAAAGUGGGUAUCUUCGUCACGAAAGUUGGCCCGGAGACAUCGAUGGAGACCAGUUCCAAUGGCCUCGCUGGAAUCGCAGGCACUUUGAAUUCCGGUGAAGUCAAGCGCCUAGAUGUUCUUCGAUUGGAAAGUCCGUGCUUUUCCAGCUUUUCCAGGGCGUCACAAAAGUUGUCUAUCGCGGAUCGCAAGCCUUCGGGAGUCUGGCCAGGUACCACAAAACGCUGCGGCCGCAAAGGUGCCGCGCCGACCCAUUUAUUCCAUUCCCUGGCACUCAGAGGCGGGACAUCGAUGUCCUCCUGCGAUGGAAGCUCGGGCAGACCCCCAUCUCUGAACUGGUUCCUUCGCGCCAGGCGAAUCGCGCGCUGCAUCUUCUGCUCUUCCAGACGCCGCGCGCCUUUGUAAUCCAACUUGAACUUGACUUUCCGCAUUUCAAGCCGCAAGUCGUCUGCUGACGCAGCUUUGAGUUGGAGGGCUGGGUUGGGUUUCAAGGCUCGGCUUUCUUGGAAGUCAAUCAGCGUAACACGCGCAUCGCCGCCAAUGAGCAUAUGUCGCAGCUCCACAUCUCCGUGCCACACGCCUGCCGCGUGCAGUCUCUCGUAUGCCGCGAUACAACGCCUCUUGAGAACAUCAGGCAUAUCUGGAGAGGCUUCAAUCCAGAAUGAAUGGUGUGGCGGUUCCAUUGCGACGUCGAUGGCCCCAACGCAAGUAUAUACGUUGAUGAUAAACGGCACGAUAAUGCCUUGGAGCGGUUUGAGCUGACGUUUAUAUAGUCCAAGCUGGGCAACGGGUUCAGUCUCAAAGGCACUAGACAAAUCAUAGAGCGUACCUCGGAAAAGAACCCUCGCCAAGGGUACUUCGUCAGCCACCUGAGGCUAAGUAAGUGGUAUAUCCAAC